CGGCCAGCGAGGCCCCGGGCCUGGAGGACCCCCGUGACAGCCAUUCCCCACCCACACAGGAUGGCGUCUCCCCCAGAGCCAAGGUUCCAGUGCAGCGGCUCCCUGUUUCCUCAGGCCUCCCUCGCUCAGCUCACCCGGCGGGAGCUCGCGCCGUCCUCGGACAGACCGGGCGGGGCUGGGGAGACCUGGGCUGAAAUCCUGUCCUAGGAAGAGCGCGUCCCCUCUGGCCCGUGUGAGGCCUGCUAGGAGGACCAUGAGGUUUCAGAGUGUAAGAAUGAAAGAAAAGGACGUUCUCUUUAAAUACAGACUUUAGUGUGCCGCUUGCCCCCAGUGAGCCUCAGUUUCCACAUCUAUAAAAAUGGCGACGGGCUGCAAGUCUCCCGUGGUCGCUGGGGCUAGAGCUUGACUCGAGAGAGGAAGGAAGAAUGGCGGCCUGGUGAAGAGGCAGAGAAGCCUAAGGGAGCUCAGUCCUGGAUUCCUGUGGUGAGAGGAUGUGGCCCCUGGACCCGUCCCGGAGAGAGGUGCUGAGGUUUGCGGUCAGCUGCCGGGUCCUGACUCUGGUGCUGCAGGCUCUCUUCAAUGCCUUCAUCCCAGAUCACCGUGCAGAAGCCUUCUCUCCUCCUCGCCUUGCUCCCUCAGGCUCUGCAGACCAACUCAUGGAAGGUCUUCUGGGCGGCCUGUCUCGCUGGGAUGCUGAGCACUUUCUGUUCAUUGCUGAGCAUGGCUACCUGUAUGAGCACAACUUUGCCUUCUUCCCUGGUUUCCCCCUGACCCUAUUGGUGGGGACUGAAUUGCUGAGACCCCUGCGGGGGUUACUGAGCCUGCGGAGUUGCCUGUUAAUCUCGGUAGCAUUGCUCAAUUCCUUGUUCUCCAUCCUGGCUGCGGUUGCCCUUCACGACCUGGGCUGUCUGGUGUUGCACUGUCCCCGCCAGGCCUUUUACGCAGCACUGCUUUUCUGCCUCAGCCCUGCCAAUGUCUUCCUGGCUGCCGGCUACUCAGAAGCUUUGUUUGCCCUCCUGACAUUCACCGCCAUGGGGCAGCUGGAAAGGGGCCGGAGCUGGACUAGCGGACUCCUCUUUGCCCUCGCUACUGGGGUACGCUCCAACGGGCUGGUGAGCAUUGGCUUCCUUGUGCAUUCUCAGUGCCGAGGCUUCUUCUCUUCUUUCCUGGUGCGGAAUCCUCUGAGACAGCUCUUGAAGCUCAUGGGCUCUGUGCUCCUGUCUGUGCUCACCCUUGGGCUUCCUUUCGCCCUCUUUCAGUAUUAUGCCUACACCCAGUUCUGUCUGCCAGGCUCAGCCCACUCCAUUCCUGAGCCCUUGCUGCAGUUAGCUGUGGACAAGGGCUACCGGAUUGCAGAGGGAAACGAACCUCGCUGGUGCUCCUGGGAACUUCCUCUGAUAUACAGCUAUAUUCAGGAUGUCUACUGGAAUGUUGGCUUUCUGAGAUACUAUGAGCUUAAGCAGGUGCCCAAUUUCCUGCUGGCUGCACCAGUGGCUAUCCUGGUUACCUGGGCAACGUGGACAUAUGUGACCACCCACCCUUGGCUCUGCCUUACACUUGGGAUGCGAAGGAGCAAGAGCGAUGAGACUCUGGAGAAGCCGGAUCCCGGAUUCCUCAGUCCUCGGGUGUUUGUGUACCUGGUUCACGCUGCAGCGCUGCUGCUGUUUGGCAGUCUGUGCAUGCACGUUCAGGUUCUCACCAGGUUUUUGGGGUCCUCCACUCCUGUCGUGUACUGGUUUCCAGCUUACUUGCUUCAGCAUCAGGAGCCACUGCUGAGGUCUCUAGAGACUGUGCCUUGGAAGCCUCUUGCAGAAGACUCUCCACCAGGACACAACGUCCCCAGAAACGCUAUCAUUGGACUUUUGUACAACUGGAAAGCCUGUUCUCCAGUCACACGGUGCAUUCUCGGCUACUUCCUGACUUACUGGCUCCUGGGACUACUUCUGCAUUGCAACUUCCUGCCUUGGACAUGACCUGGAGUCUCAGGGGACAGACUGGAAGCCAACUUAACCAGGAAUCUGAAAGAACAAAUAUAAAAACACUGCCUGCACUGC